AUGACUUACCUCUUAAGUUUGUUGAUUGUAGAUCCAAAUGGGAUGAGGGAUGCAGUGAACUUGGAACAUCAUAUUCACUAUCUGGAAAUUGAGGCUUACACUUCCAUGUUGAAGGCUUUUAUUGCUCAAUCAGAUCUUCUUACUUGGGGAAAAGAGGAGCUAUUGACUGAACUACGAAAGGAACUAAAUAUUGCUGAUUCUGAACAUGGACAGAUUCUGAGUAAAAUAAAUUCUGAUGAGACAAUUAGAUGGAUAAGGGAGCAAAGGAAAAGGGCAUCUCAUUCUCAUGCUCAGGGUUAUAUUCAAACUAAUACUUCUGGGUGUCAUUCCGCCUCAAUUGGAAAUUCAGUUAUAAGAUUGAAAACUCCUUCUUUGGCUACAUUUUAUCCUCAGAAUAUAUCGCACAGUCAAGCUUCUCUUAAUUCUAUUCAUGUUUCUGCUCCAAUGUCUGUCUAUGGGAGUGUUGAGAAACCCAAGGAAAUGUUCAAUUAUGAUGUUCAGCUGCCACCUAUUGGAAGAGGGAGUGUGCCGAAAGGGAAUUAUCAGUUUAAGCAGUACUGUCAACCAUCCGAGAGUCUCACGUUAAACAACAGAGAUAACAUAAUUGAGAUUCGUGCAACAGAUAGGGUUAUCCAUGAUGUUGAAAAGAUGCUUUUUGGUAGAGAGAAGCCUAGUCCAGUUGAUAUUGAGAAUGCGAAACAGGCUCUUGAUGAGCAAGAAAGAGCUAUACUUGAAGCACUCGGUAAACUUGGUAAACUGGGAGACGUGUUAGACAGGGAUGACAGGGUGCUGCGAAAUCUCCAAUCGAGGGCAAGAAAUGACGGUCAAUGGUAGUUUCAGCGGGACUAAUUGGUAGUAGUUUGAAUAGACUUUGGGAAUUUAUUUUGAUCCUUGCAUAGAUAUGAUGCUUAAGGUAGUAGGUGACUGAAGCAAGCUGAACACUUUGAUAUGACUUGUUUCAAUACUUUUUGAGUUAUACUCCUGCUAACCAUUUUGGUUAAAUGUAAAGUUUAAAGGAGAAUCCAAUCUCUUUUUGUUCUUCAAAAAAGAGCUCAAAAGUUCUUGUUAGUUUCAUUAUAUUUUAUACCAUAUGGGCAUUAAUUUUCUGGUAUGAGUAA